UGGAGGCAGAAAAAUAUGGUGCUUUGUGAAGCUCCUCACAAUUUCCCGACAGUGAGUAAAGUUAAAGUCUGUAAAGUGCUUUGCUGUCAUGGUUAACAAACUAUUAGAAAUUAGGUGAGAAGAGUCACAGCCACUAGCAGGAGCAAAACAGCAGGUGGCUGCUCACAGGACACAACAUGUUAGUGCUCAGGGUCCCUCAGCUUAAAUCUUCCAAGUCCCCUUCCAGCAGUGGGACCAUAAGCAGCCUUCUAUCUAGUAAAUCCUGAGACCACUAGAAUCCAGACAUUUCUGGUCUCUGCCCCUGUGUUAUUUUACACAGUACAACAUCCAGGCAUCUGUGGAUUCUGGUAAGAUAUAUUCAAAAGAAGCAGUGAGCUUGAACAGCUCAUACUGAUGGGAAGGACUUCCAGGAGUGUGAGGUGAGGGCUUACUGUUAGAUGAGUGUCCACAGUCAGUCACACCCACUUCAAGUUGGGUGGAAGGGGUGGAAGAUGACCUGGCUGACCUCACCAGGUCUGCUAUAGAAGACAAAAUAGAGGAUGACAGUGACCAGUGCCAACAGCAGGAUGCACUAGAACCAACAGCAGAUGUGAUGUGGGGAACUGAACCUGGAAUGUUAGAGCCUCAGGCAUGAAGUCUCUGCAUAAUUAUUUUGCUAUCUACCCCACCCUAUUUCUGGCUAUCUCUGAUAAAUACAGAUAAUUUAAAAAAAUAGUUUAUCAUUCUAAUUUUAUUAUUGGAUAGAGACAUAGGAAUUGAAAGAGGAAGUAGAGGUAGAGAGGGUGAAAGACAGAGACACCUGUGUCUCUACUUCACCACUCGUGUAGCUUUCCCCUGGCAGGUGGGGACCAGGGGCUUGAACCUGAGCCCUUGCACACUGUAAUAUGCACUAAAUCAGGUGGCUGGCUCCCAAAGGUAAUUUUUUUAAGUUAAAAAAGAAAGAGUAUAGUCCCAGGUAAAGGUGUUGAGGAAAGAGUGCUGGGACUCCAGAUUCCAGGGCCAGGGGGUAGUCCUGGUAUUCUGGUGCUGAAGACUGAGCCCACCCCACUUGGCAGCAGCCCUGGGUUUUUGAAUGAAGAGGGACUGUGUUUCUACAUGUUCAGGUACCAGCUGCAUCCCAAGCUCUGACAUCUUCCAGUACCACAACAUCAGCAGUACCUUGGCUUCCUCUAGUACCUCAUCUGCUAGAGCUUCAGCGACAACAGUAACAGUUCAAUGAGCGUCACCUCGGGGGACAGCAGCGGGCCCCGGUCAGCUAGGCCGGGGCCCGUGGAGCCCGAGGGCAGAAGAGCCCGGGGCUCGAGCUGUGGUGAGCCCGCCUUGAGCGCAGGAGCCGCCGGAGGAACUUCAUGGGCUGGAAGCUCUCGGCCGAAGCCGGCGCCUCGGAGCCACAAUGGGCCGACCGCCUGUGGCGCGGCAACCGUGAGGGGCGGGGCCUCGGAACCAGCUCCAGUACUCUCUGAUGAACAGCUCGAUCUUCUCUCCACCUUGGAUGAGAGACAGGAGAUGCCUCCUCUGCGAUGGUCCAAGAACUUCCUGAGUGUAGUCUUCCAAAUACUGAGCGUGUUGUUAUACCUGGUAGGACACGUGCUGGUCAGUGUGUACAGGGAGGUCUGUUCCAUCCGCUUUCUGAUCACGGUUGUGUCACUGCUGAGCUUCUUUCUGACAGUACUCUGGUGGGGGUUCCUGUACCUGGUCCCUCCUUUGGAAAAUGAACCAAAGGAGAUGCUGACACUAAGUGAGUAUCACCAGCGUGUUCACUCCCAGGGAGAGCAGCUGCAGCAGCUUCAGGCCGAGCUGGAUAAACUCCACAAGGAGGUGUCCAGUGUUCGUGCAGCCAACAGUGAGAGGGUGGCCAAACUCGUAUUUCAGAGGCUACAUGAGGACUUUGUAAGGAAACCCGACUAUGCACUGAGCUCUGUGGGAGCUUCCAUUGACCUAGAGAAGACAUCCCAUGACUACGAGGACACGAAUACUGCUUACUUCUGGAAUCGCUUCAGUUUCUGGAACUAUGCGAGGCCCCCCACAGUGAUUUUGGAGCCAGAUGUCUUCCCUGGGAAUUGCUGGGCUUUUGAGGGUGACCAGGGUCAGGUGGUGAUUCGACUGCCAGGUCCUGUGCAGCUGAGUGACAUCACCCUGCAGCAUCCACCAGCCAGCGUGGCGCAUGUCAGGGAAGCCAACAGUGCCCCUCGGGACUUCACAGUCUAUGGCAUCCAGGUUGAUGAUGAAACUGAAGUUUUCUUGGGGAAAUUUACCUUCGACUUGGAGAAAUCUGAGAUUCAGACUUUCCCCCUACAGAAUGAUCCCCCAGCUGCCUUUCCCAAGGUGAAGAUUAAGAUUCUGAGCAACUGGGGCCACCCCCGUUUCACGUGCUUGUAUCGAGUGCGAGCCCAUGGCGUGCAAAUGACAGAGGGUGCAAGGGACAGUGCAACAGAGGGUCCUCAUUAAACAUGCUGAAUAUUACAGUGGAGAGCUGUGCUGAAAGAAGCUGCAUCAGUGUGGGGUGUCUGCUGGAGUCUUUGGUUGCUCUUGGUACAUAAAUAUGGUGGAAUCUA